AUGGAUAAAUCGAAAUUUUGCAGAUUCCACAAAGGUCACGGGCACAACACUGAAGACUGCAUCCACCUGAAGGACGCAAUAGAGAUAUUAAUCAGGGAAGGGCACCUGAAACAAUAUGCAAAAAAGCAAGAGGCCAACAAAGAGGCUAAACCAAUCACCGAGGAAAAACCGGCGGAGGAUACGCCCGCCAUGCAAGUGGCCAUGAGCGUUACAAGGCCGGAAGAUUUUUAUCUCCUUGAUUGGGCCAACGCGGCAACCACCAACUCCUCCUACAGCUCCUGGGAGAUGUUCCCGUCCGCAAUGGUUAUAUCCGGAGGGGGAUUCAGCAAACUGACCGUCGGAUCCGUGAAACACAAAUUCGACGAGCUAAUCUCGGCCAACGCGAACAUAGCCUCAACCUUCGACCACGCCAAAGGCAGUCCUUCCUCAAUAUCUUUCUACAAAGAAGAAUUGCCCGGAGGAGCACCUAACGCGACCAUCCCACUCCUCAUCCGAGCUCGGAUGGCUAAUUUUGACGUGCGGCGCAUAUUGGUCGAUCAAGGAAGUUUAGUGGACAACAUGUACUCCCAACUAUUCAAAACGUUGUAG